AUGGGAUUUGUUCUCUCUUGUUUUGCUCCCUGCUUCGGCUCCCGUUCAGGUGCUACUCAAACUCAGCCGCCCGAGUGUGUAGAAGCAAGGUCCGCAGACCGCGUUCAGAACUUACCUGGCGCGAAUUAUACGUUGCAGCCGUAUCUACCUAUGUCUUCCAAUGGCGAAUAUUCCAUAUUUCUCCAGGCCGACGGUUUUGGGAAUAAAAAGGUGCUGGUGGAGGCAUACCUUGACACACGUCUGAAGAAAAGCAUCAUAUCCGAGAACAAGGCCCGGGAGACCAAUGCAGACCCGAUACCGCUGCCAGAACCAGUGUCUCUGGAGGAUGAUCAAGGUCGAUGGUACACGUGUUCUUCCCAGAUCAUCGUCCGUUGGUACCUACCUGGCAAAAAUACGCGCACCUUCGAAGAAACAUUUUAUGUAUUUGCCGCGCACGGCGAUGUUGACGUGGCGGUUCGUCUUCGUGGGGAUAUUGAACCGUUGGGUCAGCCUGCCGCCGUGCACGAUGAUGCUCAACCCCUGUUUACUCUUGCAAAUGCGACACCAACAGAGCGAGAAAAGCAGGAGCAAAAGGCGCAUGAGAAAAAGGAAAAUGCAAAAACAGCGCGGAGGAAGAAAGAUAGGAUGGACGAGCUGUGGAAGAAAUAUAACGGCAAUCGCGGCGGCGGCGCUGCUGGGAAUGGUGGCCAGAGAACCAACAACGUCUCGCCUCGCUGA